AUGGCGGCGUCAAUGAAAGGACAGACCCCUGAGCUGAAGCUGUACCUGAGGUCAAAUAAGCUUCCCGAUAUUUAUGAGGCUCUGCUGACGGGUCUAGCUGUGAUGUGUCCAGAUGAUCCACAUCAGUUUAUUCUAGACAAAUUGGGAUUUCUUGUAGAGAAUGGACUGGGCGACCUGAACUGGGAUAUGUUUGUGGAUCAAGAGAUGAAGCCGACCAAUAAAGUUAUCGCAGAGAGUAGCCUGGACUUUAUCUUCAAUAUGGAUGAUGAGAGUAUCAUUGAUUAUUCUGAUAUCCCAGAGAACAUACAAAAAGGACAGGGUUUCUUCGGGGGUCGGUUUCAGGGGCUAGCCGCCUCGAAGAAAGUUUGGCCCACACCCGAGAUGUAUGCAACAGCUUAUGAGCAUUACAACAGGAGUCUAAAGAUGAUGUGUUUCAGUGCCUGGGUGCAAUACUCGCUCUAUAAGAAGAGAAAAUUACAGAAGAUGUUAUCACAAAUGGAGCGGGCAGAAAGACAUCGUGCUCAGAAGGUGAUGAGAGUACAUCUGGAUGAAUGGAAGGACUGGGUGAAGUACAGGAAGGGAUGCCAAGCCAUGUCCUAUCAAAAGAUAAAGAAGAUCUACCAUAUCUCUGUCGGAAAAGUCAUCUUCAAGGAGUGGCAUGAGACUACCGUCCGGGCAAAGAACCAGAGGGAAUACUUCGAGAAACUUGAGCGUGGUGAGAACAUGGAAGAUGAUGAGACGUUUGGCCAGGGAACAGGGGAAGCACGGGACAGCAUCUCACAUCUGAGAGACAUUGGGUUCGGCGAUCUUGCUGUCAAGAUCUUCAGCUUUGUGGAUAUAGCUGACUUGGCAAGGUGUUCCCGUGUGUGUCGGUCCUGGAAAGUCAUCACUCAGACUCCUGGACUGUGGAGUCGGCUGGACUUCUUCAAAGUGAGAAACAGUGUGACAGAUCAGAUCACUACCCGACUUCUGGCCAAGUGUCGCCCUUACCUCAUUCAUCUCAAUCUUCGUGGCUGUGUCAAAGUCACGGAACCUACCUUUGUCAGCAUCAGCGAAUGUCGAAAUCUUCAGGACCUCAACUUGUCAGAGUGUAAGGGUCUGAAUGAUGAACACAUGAAAGUUGUAGCCAAAGGAUGUAAAAUACUGUUAUAUCUAAACAUCUCUCGUACAAAUCUCACCGACGCAUCGCUCAGAACUAUCUCAAAGUACUGUGCCAACCUCCAGUUUCUCAGCAUGGCCUCAUGCCGCAAAUACACAGACAAAGGCCUCCAGUAUCUGGCAUCAGGAAAGAACAGCAAGAAACUGGAAUACCUGGAUCUCUCAGGCUGUCUACAGGUGACUCCCGAGGGAUUCCAGAACCUAGCUUCUGGAUGUGUAAACAUACAUACACUAAUCCUCAAUGACUUUGCGACGUUAAACGACGACUGCUUAAAACCUGUCACUGCUAAAUGUUUUAAAUUACAAAACAUUUCCAUACUGGGUUCUCCACUGCUUACUGAUGAAUCCUUCCGGCGUUUGGCUCAACGUGGAAAGUUAAAGAAACUACGAAUAGAAGGUAAUCACAGGAUAUCUGACCAGAGUUUGAAGGUGAUCGGGAAAAACUGUACACAACUAGAGCACAUCUACGUGGCGGACUGUCAGAAGCUGACCGACCUGUCAUUGAAGGCCCUCAGUAACUGUAAAAACCUGGUCGUGUGUAAUGUUGCUGAUGUAGUCAGAGUGACAGACAGUGGAGUCAAAGGCUUGGUAGAGGGGCCAGCAACACAGAAGAUACGAGAGCUCAACUUAACCAACUGUAUCCGAGUAGGGGACAUGUCCCUCAUAGCCCUCAGGAAGUGCCAUUCCCUGACCCAUCUGAGUGUGUGUUACUGUGAACAUAUCGCAGAAGCAGGUGUUGAACUGUUGGGACAGAUCCAUAGCCUCACAUCUAUAGACCUAACAGGCUGUAACUGUGGCGAUAACGGGUUAUCUGCCCUUGGUAACAACACUCGCCUGAAGGAUGUGACGUUGUCAGAGUGUACCUCCAUCACAGACCUGGGUUUACAGAAGUUUACUCAGCAGUGUAAAGAUAUUGAGCGUUUGGACCUGUCUCAUUGUGUGGGGAUAACAGACGGUGCAAUCAAGAACCUAGCGUUUUGUUGUAGAAUGCUGAAUGUGCUAAAUGUAGCUGGAUGUAAGCUGGUAACUAACCUGAGUAUCCAGUACCUAUCUGGAGUAUGUCACUAUCUCUACAGCCUUGACAUUAGUGGAUGUCUUCUUGUCACGGAGAAAGCUCUGAAGUAUCUGAGGAAAGGAUGUAAAAAGUUGCAUUGUCUGACAAUCCUAUACUGUAAAGGAAUUCCAAAAUCCUCGGCACAGAAGAUGAUGCGAAGUGUAGAAGUGGUAAAGUACAGCAAUGAAGACAUUCCUCCAUACUAUGGCUACGUGGGCUGAGUGGACAGUGGUCAGAUGAUGAACCUGACCAGAUAUACAAGAUUAGUCUAGUGUGUUGACAGACCACGGAAACAUAAAGACUAAUGCUGAUAAAGGAAUAUCAUAAAGUGUUGUAACUACACUUUCUGGAUUGUAGUUACCACUG